AUCGAAGGGGUUGGUAAUCCUUGUGGGGGUGGCUCCAAGCACGGGCUCCGUGGUGUGGUUUUUCUGCUCCAUCGCUGUCACUGUCAAUUUCAUACCCCAGAGGCCGGAAUACCCAGUUCCACGUGGAUUCCUUUGGGUAGCCUGGCCCUGCUGCUGCGCAUUGCUUGCGUUGGGGUCCGCCUGUCUUAUUAUACCAGGUGCGCCCGCUGUUUGGUUCCCGGAUCUCUUCUUUCAUUAACACUCUUCAACAGGCCAAUCUUUGGUUUGAGCUGGAGACAACCUCACCCAACUGCUGGCUUUUGGUUCCUGAAAGUGUUAUUCACAACCGAGAAGAUGCUCCACACGCGGUCCGUCUCCGAUCCGCCGCUCAGUCCAACGACGCUCAGUCCCAUGGAGUCGUUCGCCUCGCUCAAUCGGCCGACGACGCCUUCACCUGCGGCACCACACAAUGCCCAGGCCUAUGUGGCGAGGCCGCUUCCGCCUCUGCCUCCUCCAAUGUUCAACCCGGGGGCUGUUCCACCGCCUCUGAAUAUCAGGAAGAGCAAACCACCUUCCCUUCCACUAGGACCGAGCGCGCCGUCUCGCCCGGUAUCGAAUGAAGCACCACCGCCACGUCGUGAAGCUCGAAGCGUCUCGCCUCUUCCCGCUCCCAGUACCCCCAUUAAGGGCUCUAAUCCUCUUCAUCUUUCGACCAUUUCCAGUAACAACUCUAGCCCUGUGCACACCCUCAAGCCGCGGAAAUCCAAAAAGGUUCUGCAGCUUAUGGGACACGACAUUGACGUAAUGAAUCUUGUUGGCGUUGCUCCUCCGGAACCCAAAAGAGAACCUGUUCUGAGAAGCAGCCGAAGCCUUGAGGGUGCGCCAAACUUGAACGCUACAACUCUGCUGCAUCUUCCGGAGGAAAGCUUGAUACCGGUUUUGGAGGAUGACGACGGCAGAGAUAGCAUGUCCAGCAAGAAGAGCUCUUGGGGACCGGGAUCGCCGCAUUCCGCCUCCAGACUACCUUUGGGCCCUAAACACUCUGUCCGACGCCGCCGCAGUGCUAGGAUUUUCGAUCAGGAUGAUACUGGGCAUUUGGCUACUCAGGAAGAAACCAUGAUGUCCAACUUGGAUCUGAACGACGAUGAAGAAUUAUUAAGUGAAGAAGACAUGACAAUGGAAGAGUAUCACAAGUUUGCUUCUGAGCUUGCCACCUCUUCUGUGAGCAAACCUAGCUACGAAGAGUCACGGCCUACCACAGCGACUCAGGGCAGGCGGUCGUCCAUCUUGAGCUUCACACACUCUCGCCUCCGAAGGAAGCCAACCACUUCCGAGUCUCGCCAUGGGAGACUGGGCAGCAGCAGCUCUGCCGAAAACCCACCGCAGGCACCAACAGUUCCUGCAGCACCUGAGGUCGAAGACGUCCCGAAGAGCGGAUGGGAUAGCGACUCAGACAGUGAGGAUGAUCGCACAAGCAGGAGCAUAUGGCCCAGAGGCCGCUCUUCCAACAAGGGGAGAGACUCGCCGGCCAGCAUGACACGCCCGGAUGAUGACGCGCGCGGAUCGCGGGGAUGGGCGAAAGGAGGCCUGUUGAAUGUUGGCAAGAGGCGAAAGGAGCAACAGCAACAGCAUGCCCCGCGAGACUUUGGCAGCGUGGACGAGAGAAGCUUUGGAUAGAGCAAGCGCGCACACAUACACACUAAAAGUUUUAUUUUUGGCUACAUUUCUUUUCUUCUCUUUUUCUUCUCCUCUUUUUUAUUUUUUUGAUGAAAUGAAGGCACGAUCAACAAAUGGGUAUGAAUCUAUGGACAAGCAUGGUGGAUUAUACUGGGGCUCUCUCUCUCUUUUUCUUUCCUUGUUUUUUUAUACACUCUCCCUGUUGUCUGUGUUUCCUCUUUCUUUUGUUCCCCCCUCUUUUUUUUGGUGCAUUCACGGAGUUAAUGGUCUUGCACUUGGAUAUCCCCCCCCUUGGUUGGUUGGCAAUUCGCCAUUGAAUUAUUUUAUACACGACUUUAUAUACUAUAUACCACGGGCUGCUAUUUUGUAUGUUAUUGAUAGAAAAGAUUGGACACCAACGGCCCUUAAUACCGAAACAUAAUACUAUCUCAUGAAUGGAACUUGC